AGAGCAAUUCAAUCGUUCUCUAAGCAAGCAAUCUAUAGCGCAAGAUGUCGCUGGCUUGGCCGUUGGGCGACUUGCUCAGUACAGACACGCUAUAUACGUGCUUUAAAUACGCAGCUGGCUUCGGACUCGCUGGAUCGACUAUCGCAGCGACAGGAUUGUACCUGUAUCAGUGCAAAUUGAUCUAUCCUUCGUAUGUGCCGGAAGGCUCAAGGAAGAUCGUUCCUACGCCGAAGGAUGUAGCUCUACCUUACGAGGAUGUCAAACUGACGACAUCUGAUGGAGUCAAGAUUCGGGCUUAUGUGAUCCCUGCGAGACGGAAACAAAUCUCAACGGAAGAUCUCAAAAUGGCAUCACCAAGUGCCAGGAAGGAGAUUGCGGAGAAAGAAGUGGCAGAUUGGACAGAAGAGAUGGGUCAAGAUGAGGCCAUAGAGUACGCCAAAUCACGCCCGACGAUCAUCUUGUUUCAUGCGAAUGCUGGGAAUGUUGGACAUCGUGUACCAAUAGCGAGAAAGUUCAACGCGGACUACAAGUGCAACGUCUUUAUGCUGAGCUACAGAGGAUACGGGCUAUCUGAAGGAUCAGCCUCAGAGAUGGGGAUCCGGAAGGACGUUGAUGCAGCAUUCGACUACAUCCGGGCUCAUCCGAUUCUUGGGUCCACCAAGCUUGUGGCCUACGGCCAAUCUAUAGGCGGCGCCGUAUGCUUAUACACAGGGUACAAAUACUCAGACUUGCUCUCCGGUAUCAUCAUUGAAAAUACAUUCCUCUCCCUCCCAAAUUUGGUCCCUCUCGUCCUCCCUCAACUCCCUAAAUUCCUACUCCCCCUCCUGUUGACCGAACAGUGGGACGCGACUCUAUCCUUGCCUCACAUUCCUCCCUCCCUGCCCAUGCUCUUCCUUUCCGGAAAGAGAGACGCCCUCGUUCCUCCUGCGCAAAUGCAAGAGUUGUAUAGGAUUCGAGGGGACGGGAAGAAGAGAUGGAAAGAGCUGGAUGGGGAGCAUAACGAUACGUAUUUAGCUAAAGGAUACUGGGAGGAGGUAGGUGAUUGGCUGCAUGAGGAAGUAGAGACCCCUUAGAGUGCAGACCACCAAAUGUUGUAUAAUGUGCCACAUUCGGAAUCAAAUACAAAAAUUCACGUGUCGCC